CAAGAGGAUGUGGAGGUCUUAUCCACUCUCUUUUUUCCCAAAGUACAACUUCCUUCUAUCAAUAGUGCAACAUGGAUUGGAUAACAUGGAAUCUUCCCUUCUUUUCUUGCAUGAAAACAUUUAAACCAUGAUAAAUACCUGCCCUUUCAUUACCCUUAUCUUCUCCUUUCCUUCUUCUUCUCUUCAUACAUUCAAAGAGUUUUUCAGUUGAUUUGGUGUUUGAGAAUGGAGGAUUGUUCUUCUAGUAAUUCUUCAAUGUCUAACUUCAUGGAGGAUUCAACAACAACAACAACUUCAUCAUCUUCUUAUUCUUCUUUGCAUUCUUUGUCUUGUGACAAGCCUGAAGAAGAAGAGGAAGGACAUCUCUUUCAUAUGUCCUCUCUAAUGGCUCUUCUUCCUCUCAAGAGAGGGUUAUCAAAGCAUUUCCAAGGGAAGUCCAAAUCAUUCACAAGUUUAGGCAAUGCAAGAAGCUUGGAGGACCUUGUAAAGCCAGAGAGGAAGAGGGCUUACAAGAAGAAGAAGAUCACAAAGAAGCCAUCAAGACAAAGAUCAAGUAGAGUCCUUUGAUUGAAAAUAUAGCUUCAUUUUAAUGUUCUUUUCUUCGGUUGAAAACUUGAAAUGACUGAAUGAAUAUAUGAUGUUGUGUGCUUUGAUGUGCUUCAA